AUGGCCACACGCGCCCCUCCGCCAGAUCUCCCAGCAAAGGUCGCCUCGGUGCCGCCAAACCAGACUCUCUACGUCACGAACCUCCCAUCUGCAAAGAUCCAGAAGGAAGACCUGCGGACGGCGCUCUACAUGCUCUUCUCGACCUAUGGCGCAGUACUAGAUGUAGUCGCCCUCAAGACGAUGAAGAUGCGUGGUCAGGCGCACAUUGUGUACAAGGAUAUCCAGACAGCAACCCAGGCAAUGCGAUCAUUGGACGGGUUUGAAUUCUUUGGGCAAGAAAUGAAAAUCUCGUACGCAAAGUCAAAAUCCAACGUCAUUGCCAAACUCGAUGGCACGUUCAAGAUCACUACCGCCGCAACUGCCGCCCGCGUCGAGGUUACCGAUCUGCAGCAGAGCAUUUUCAACGCGCCCGUACCCGGAGCGCCUGUCGCGGCGCCCGGCCUCCCCUCCAAACCGCCAGGGGCUGACCAUGUGAUGACCGAUGCCGGUACCCCAGAGAGCCGCGGCGUCAAGCGGCCGAGAGAGGAAGAAGAGGAGCAGGAAGGGAGCGACCAAGACGUGGCGAUGGAAGAGGAGAGCGACGACGAAUGA